UACGGCUCAUUAUAAUAAUUUAAAAUAAAGUGCAAUUGUCCAUCAUUUUCGUCAAUAAUGUCCAGAAAAGUUGCUGUGCAGUGCCAAUGUAUGAAUAAAGUCCUUCAAGAUAUCAGUAGAGAAUCGCUCGAAUUAGAGGACGGCAUUAUAGACGUCAAAAGGAUUUUUUCCUCCGAGUAUAAUUUGGCUAGAAAAGAUCAAUUAUUAUCUCCAAGGCGAUCAACAUCAGAACCUAAUAUACAAUAUAGCGUGGAUUAUGAUGAUCUUUGCGGACCUUGGCCUUCACCAGAUCAUCCGACAUACAAACAGUAUGAUGAUGUCUUAUUGAAGCCAAUGUUAUGUACUUGGAAAUUCAUUACGAUUGAAGAUAUGAAGUGCAUGAGACAGCAUUUGUUUGAUAAGAAUGCAAUUAAAUCUAUUAUUGAACGAAAAUUGCCCGAUGAUAAUGUUCUAUUCAAGGGUAAGAAUAAUAAAGAAAUAUUUUUAAGCUUCGCUUGGGAAAUUUUUAAAUAUAUGAGAGACGACGGUUUUUCUGGGAAAGGAAUAUCGUCAAUAUUAGGUUUAUUUUAUUUUACUCAUCGAUUUUUUCUUUCCAAUUCUUGGCGCUCGGCUCAUGAGACUUAUGCUUUUUUUAAAGAUGGUCUUGAACUUCAUUCCGUUUUGAAUCCACCGGAAAGCGAUAUGAUAUUCAAUUUUUCUGAAUGUGAUAAGCUACUCGAUAUGUUUCGGUCUCUGUACAUUCAAAAAUUAGAACUUGUACGUUUAGUGUACAUUCCGAACUAUAAAUUGAUAUUUAAGCUACGAAAACAUAACAUGGAAUAUUCUAAGGAAUCGCUCGUAUUACAAAAUUCCAGAAUGCAAAUAUAAU